AUGUCGGCAGCGGAUCAGAUAGGUCCGGGAUCGGUCGUGGUUUUCGACUCCGACGUCAGGGGACGGCCCCCAGCGCUUGGCCUCGUAACAGAGAGCAGCGUCGGCAAGAAGAAGUUGACAUACACGGUGCAGCCGGUGGAGGCGGCGUCCGGCAGCAGCACCAAGACGACGGUCGCCGCGCGGCAAGUGCGGUACAUCGUCCCCGGCGGCAGCGGCUACCAGGCCGCCGACCUCGCGGCGUUCGAGGACAGUCCAGAGAUCGACGAGGGGCUUAUAGAGGAGGCCUGGGAUAUGAUGCUCGAGGAAAGCACAGCGGGUAGCGACGGUGCGGCGGCGGCGGCGGCGGCGGCGGCGGCGAACGAUGAUCCCCGAGGCAUGGCGGAGCUGCUGUUCGGCGUCGGGGACCCCUCGCCGCAGCAGUGCUACCACGCGUUCCGUCUGUUGGAGGGCAGGGACGGGACGUUGUACUUCAAGCGGCGGCGGGACGGCACCUACGAGUGCCGAUCGAGGGAAGCAGUUGAAGUGGCGCGCCGCCAGCUCAGCCAGGAGGACGCCGUGAAGGCCAAGAAAGCCGACUUUGUCGCCAGCCUGCAGGCGGGGCUGAACGAGGGAGGCGGCUACCGGAAGACGCCGCUAGUGGUGGAGGACUUCGACGAAGAGCAACAGGAGAUGCUCAGCGGGCUUGAGAUACUGGCGGCACAGUCCGUCGCGCGGACGAACUUCGCGUCGAGGACUACGGCCGAGGAGGCGCUAGGGAGGGAGCUGCUCACCCUGUUGGGCCGGUCUCCCAACCCUUCGAACGCGUUCCACCUGUGCGUCCAGCUCGGGCUGAUGAAGCACCACGAGAACCUCUACAUGCGGGAGGCGGGGAUCGAUAAGACCUUCUCCGAGGAAGCCAUGGCCCAGGCUAGAGCGAUGAUGAAGUCUCCCCCGCCCGACCCGGAGGCUAGCAUCCGCCGGGACCUGACCCACCUAAAGGUGUACGCCAUCGACAGCGAAGACACCAACGAGGUGGACGACGGCCUGAGCGUGGAGGCGCUGCCCGACGGGGCCGGAGAGAGGGUCUGGGUCCACAUCGCCGACGUGUCGCGGUGGGUGCCAGAGGGCAGCCCUCUGUACGAGGAGGCCAGGAGGAAAAGGACGACGAUCUACCUGCCGGAAGGCGCGGAGCCCAUGUUCCCAGCGGAGGUCGCCCACGGAGUGCUGUCACUACGGUCCGGGCACGAGUGCUACUCUCUGAGCAUGGGUAUCACUUUGGGGGAGAGCGGGGAGAUCACCGACGUUAUCGUUACUCCAGCGCUCGUUAAGGUCACGUACCGACUCACGUACGACGACGUCGAAGACAUGCUGGUCAACGGGAUAGCCGGCAGCGCUGACGAGUGGGAGCUGGGCCGCCUGGACGAGCUCGCGCAGCUGAGAUACAGGUACCGGUGCGAGCAGGGGUCUGUCGACCGGUUCCAGAAGGGGCUGGACCACAACGUAAAGGCGGUCGAGGAUCCCUCUGUUCCCGGGGGCUACGCGGUGAAGGUAAUACCGGAGGACCCCUCCUGCAGGUCCAUCCGGCUGGUGACCGAGAUGAUGGUGCUUGUUGGAGAGGGGAUGGGCAGUGUUGGAGGCGAAGAGGGAAUCCCUCUGCCGUUCAGGCACCAGAAGGCUCCCGACAGCUUUCCUGAAACCGACUUGGAGUUGCUGCCGGAGAAAUACUGCAGGGCACAGGGCGCGUACAAGUACAUGAGCUCUGCGACAACGGCCACCACCCCGCAGCCACACUGGGGACUCGGCCUGGAUUCCUACGUGCAGUGGUCGUCUCCGAUCCGAAGAUACUUGGACCUACUCGCACACUACCAGGUGAAGCGGUGGCUCCUUGGGCAACCUACCCUCGACGGGUCGUUGGUGAUGGCCCAAGUCGAGGCCGGCGAUGGAGCCGUGCAAACCGCUAACAUGGUGAUGCGCAAGACCAACAAGUACUGGGUUACGGAGUACCUUUCGAAGCUGGUGGGAAGUGACAUGGAGGCCUAUGUGGUAUCCUACCGGGAUGCACGAGACAAGGGGGGCAAGGUUAUGUACAAUCUCCUUCUCCUUGGCCUUGGCAUCACGCUUCCUUACAUGGAAGCUGGGCUGAGCAUGGAGCUCGGAGAGCUGGUGGUUGUACGGGUGGUGGCGUCCUCGGCGCGAAGCCUCUUUACCAAGAUCUCUUGGAGACGAAUGUCCUCGGCAGAGAGGUCAGCGAGUGACGGCCGGUUAAAGGACGAGGCUGCCCUCGCCGGCCUCCCGGACGGGGGAGGGGUGGCGGGGUCCGUAGCGUCGAAAAAUGGCGUCGUGAGCAGCAGUAGCGGUGGAGACAGUACCGGAGACGGAGAUAACUCGGGGAGCGGCGGGGAGGCUUCUGCGGGGGGCGGGGGCGUCGCAGCUGUGGGCAGUAGUCCCGACGGGAGAUCAAGCGACGCAACGAGAUGGCCGUAGCGAAUAAAUAGAGCGGGGAGAGUUAGUGGGAGUUUUAUAGACCGCAAACGGGGAUAGUUUUGUCAGUGGAAACGAGGAGGAGGAGGUUCCAGCAGAGUUUGGAACUAGACGCGAAUCUAUACGCGGAGCAGACGUGCACAUUGCGACUGCGUGUGGUAGGGGUAUCGACACCCAGUUAAACCAGCGCAACACUCGGGUACAGGCGUGCGAAGGAUGAGCGUUUGCGUGAGGGCAGCGGGCAAGGGAUGUGCCGGGGAUGUGAGUGUGCGACAUGCAAGGAGUACUUUUUUGGAACGUG